CUUUGGUAAAAGAUGCUUUCUGACGAGAGGCUGCAGCUGAACUAGCACAGUUGAGCGAAGAAUUGCAAGCGCAGCGAGAUACAAUGACAAGGCUACGAGAGGAUAACCGCAAAAUCCAUUCCGACUAUGACGAGCUGCAGCUAAGAUUCGAUGACGAGGUGUACAACGGAGGCGCCUGGAACCGGGAGAAAGAUCGGAUGGAAACAAAGAUCGCCGAUCUAACCAAAGCUUUUGAAGCAUCGACUGUUGCUCAAUCCGACCAGCAAGCGCAGAUCGUGUCACUUCACUCGCAAGUUCGGGAGCUUCGAAGCGUUCUCAAUGAUGCUGAGGCAGACCGAGCGAUGCUACAGAAGGCGCGCCGCUCUUUGCAAGCAGAGCUUGAAGGCAUCAAGCUUGACCACGUUGAUGCAACGAAGAUGACUUCAGAUCGAGAACUACAGAAGCUGCAGCUGAAGAAACAAGAUCUUGAGCGAUCUCUGGAGGAACAAGAAGAUCGCGUAGCUAUGGCCUUUGAACGCCUCAAGAGAGCUGAGGCGCACGCCAACGAAAGUCAGCUGGAACUUGAUCGGACCCGCGUCGAGAACACCGAGCUCGACAGAAUAAAUGCACAGCUGGAGGGGCAGGUCAAAGACCUAAACGUCCGCGUCGUUGACCUUGAGACGAAGUCAUAUGCAAAUUCCCCUCACCCAUCCUCCACUGUCAGGCAGUUGCAGAGCCGUAUUGAUGAACUCACUAAUCAACUCAAGCAAGCAUCAAGCGAGAAAGUCGACUCCAACCGCUUGCAUAGCUCUGACAAGGCAAUUCGCGACAUACAACUGCAGUUAGCUGAAAGCGAAAGGCACCAUAUCAAAUUGGAGGACGAGCGAAAAAUCUCUGAAGGUCAAAUAACUUCGCUCCGACAGACGCUAGACAAAGUUCAAACGAGGGAGAGUGAACUUGAGCGCGUGAAACGUCGCCUGGAGCGAGAGGCCGUGGAUUCCAAGCAGGCAGUGCUGAACCUGCAACGUGAAGUGGAACGACUACGCGCUCGCAUUAAUCGACCAAUGUCAGUCGUUAGUGAUGGAGGCUCUACCCUUGCAGGAUCAAGCGUCUCGACGGGAUCACCCCGCAAAGCAGCUCCAUAGCGUUCAAAUGUUCAUCA